AUGGAUACAUUUGACUGUAGACUUCUACAUAUCAUGGAUUCUUCCGAUAGUACAAAGAUUGGUAUUCAACGACCUCGGCCACUGGUUACAUCUCAAACUUUUCCCAAAUUUGAUUCUCCAAGGACUGUCAGCCAUCCCCAUCUAACUCAGUUGUCCGGACCUGAUCCGGACGAGUUGAAAGAUUGUUUUUUGAAGAAAAAACUUGAAGACCGAAUCGAUGACUUUGAUUCAGCAUCUGAGGAUGAGGCGGCAAAAUCUAUUCCAGCAGCACCUCAGAAACUGCCAGACGACUUUGAUCAAAUACCCAUAGAAUUGAUAAGCUUAAGUGAUCGUUUUAUCGAUUCACUAUCUGCAAAGGUCUACUCCACGCCGCCAACAGUUGACAAACUCUCUGGGCUAUUUCAAGAUUUCUACGCUGUUGCUAUAAACCACAUUAAUACCCAUAUCUCUACAAUUUCAUCACUACAAAAUAGACAAAGAUCAUUUGAGCCCCCGCUUUCCGCCAUUUCUUCCACCGCAAAUAAAAUAAGAGAGAAAGCUGUUUCAAUUAGUAGCUUGGAUCGACCGAUGUCUUCUGGGAAAAGUUUUUUAGACCAGCAAAUGCUUACAACCGAAGAAAUUAAUGAUAGGAAAGGAGCACGCAAGAUACUAGAACAGAAGCGAAUAGCCUUAGAGGAAGCUAUCGAGAAAAGAGUCUGUGAAGGAACUUAUGAUAGAAUUUGGAGACAUCGAAGCACCCAUGAUGAGGCAAAAGAUGAAAAACUGAGGUCGAGAACAGCGGCAUUAUCGCUUGUGGGAAUUGGGUUGAAAGAUCUCGGAGUCGACAUUGGCGUUGGGGACGAGACCGGGGAUUCCGAAGCUGUUAAGCAGAGAGAAUUUCAAGUAAGGGAACGACUUGAAGGUGCAAGGCAAGAGCUCAUUGCCAUGAAUGAUUUGAAGUAUCCUCUCGGGAAGCUCCAGCAUUUAAAAAUGGCCCACAAAGCAAUCGUGGAUACACUUGCUGACUUUCAUCCUUCAUCAUCUGCAGAUGAAAUUAUGCCUAUGUUGAUUUAUACCUUGAUAACAUCUCGACCGGAAGGGAUUAAUAUUAUAAGCAACAUGAAUUUCAUACAAAGAUUCCGAAAUGAAUGCAAGAUGGACGGUGAAGCUUCAUAUUGUCUUACAACUCUCGAAGCAGCUAUUUGUUUUCUUGAGACUGUCGACUUAGCAAGCUUAAGAGCUGAUGAAAAACUCUCUGGGCCGCCAAAGUCGGCAAGCAGACCGAAUACACCUUCAACAGGAAUGUUUGAUCCAUUGCUCAACCCGCCCACUCCAUCAGAUGCCAGCUUUCCCACGUCAAAGGCCACAGCUGCAGCGCCAAAUUCAACCAUGUCGGCUACUGAGCCUUCAACAUUAAGAGUUCAGUUAGCCACACAAGCUCAUAGGCGCCAUUUGAGUGACUUAUUCCACUCAAAUUCUACUCGGAGUGUCACUGACGAUUCUGUUCCUAUUACUUCCGAUCAAGGUCUUGAAGCAAUAGGGACUAGUCUUGGAGACAGCUACAAAUUUUUACUGGGAAAAUUAAAGGGACGGAGUGACGAUGGCAACGAUACUAAAUCUGAGUCAAAUGCCCCUCAAACUUUAGAUGACGCGCGAAGAUUAGUCGGUACAUCCAUGGAGACAGAGGGUUUGAGUAGUAGUUCAAGUUCACUCUACAAUUCUGAAGUAAAUGAGACCGGGAAUAAACUCGAGGAUAGACUUCGUAGUAUUAUAAGCGGCUUGAGUCCACCUCGAGAAAGGACAGGUGAAUGUAACAGGAGCGCUCCAUUUGUCGAAAGUGCUGAUAAGACACCCACCCAGCUACAAAGUUUAGCUCUAUCAUCGCCGAAUCCACCUCUCGUCGAAUCUAUGCGCAAUCUCGGUAAUACCCUGAACCCCAUGAGUAGAAUUGCAGGUAUGGGCGUGAUGCGUGCAUUUGGGCGCGCCACACCUCCAUCCACCCCUACUAUAUCAGCAGUAACAUUCACUUCUGCGCCCACCCAAACGACGAGACAAAGAUCCGAUAACUGUUCCAAUGAUUUAACAACGAAGAUUCCUGAUUUGUUACCAGCGCUUCGUCCUGAUGGUUUGGCUGACACGUCCCCACCCAUCCCUAAAUUUAUGGAGCUUCAAAAUCCGGGUGAGAUGAAAAUCAACGAGGUAAUGGAACUCCUACGAGACUACCGUAGGUUGGCUGGUAUUCUUAAAGAACUGGGUGCAUUUUAA